UUUUCGUCUGCUCUACUGGCCUCCCAAAUGGGCUCGACUCAUCAGCCCUGAUUUCAUCUAAUUUCCCGAAGUAUUUCAACUCUUCACAACGCGUAAGGGACGAAGGGCAUAAGCACGAUGACAAUUGAUGGUGAGGCUGUGGAUGAGGUCAGCUGGAGGUUCUCAGAGCUGGUUCCCGUGGUGCUGACUUCCCUCAAAGCUUAGUCAAGACCGUCACACACCCAGACUACAGCCCCGACGCCAUGAAGCCAGUUCAUGAGCGCAACCAGGAGUGCCUGCCUCCAAAGAAGAGGGACCUCCCACUCAAUAACAACAACAACAGCAGUAGUAGUAGUAGUGCUGGAGGAGGAGGAGGUGGUGGAGGUGGUGGUGGUGGAGGAGGAGGAGGAGGUGGUGGUGGUGGAGGUGGAGGUGGAGGGGAUGAAUUGGCCACACAGAGCUCAGGGGCCGGUGGUGACCCUCAAGGAGGAAGCCCAGCCAGUGAGUGGCUGCGUACUCAGCCUGGCCUUCAUUAUGGCCUGGAGAGUGCCGAUGGCAUGUCGGGAGUGCCUGUCGACCAGUACGGCAUGCUCUACAAAGUGGCCCUGCCCUCUGUCACCUACUCCUCAACCAGUCUCCACCCAGUGUUGAGCCAUAUCUCGCCAGCCUACACUGUACCAUCUUCUCUCCUUCAACAUCCGGGUAUCCCCUACCCACCCCUCGGAUAUGCCCAGAUCCCCCAUUCCUCAUUGCAGUUCAUCAGCUCCCCGUAUGCCGCGGUCCCUUACGCAGUGCCCCCAGGCUUCGUCCCCAGCUCUCUGAUCUCUCCCUCAGGCGCCAUUCCCCAGCAACACUCGGUCUCCCACCUGGUCCCCUACCCAUCAGUCAUCCAGGAGGGGGUGGUCUCCCCUCCUCCCCACGCCCAGGUGUCUGCUCACACCUUUGCCAAAGUCGCCGCGUCGGGCGGGGUCCCUCUGAUGCUGUCCUCAGAGCAGGCCGCCCAGCAGCACCUGGGCGCGGUCGGCGUCCUGCCAACCAUGGAGCUCAGUCCUAGGGGAGUGCCAGUCUUCUACCAUCCUCAGGGAACCAGGGCUGCCCCCACCCCCCGGGAGCUCCACGGCGGGCAGCAGGAGGCCGAGAGGGAGUUGAACGGAGGGGAGAGGGAGCAGGGGGCCAGGGAGAUGCUCCAGGACUCGGUGUACGUUGCCAGGAACGCUCGGCUGCUGCAGGUGGCUUGUGGCUCCGCAGCGCUGGAGCACCUUCAGGACAGGGGCCUGAAGAGCCGUAGGCUGGAGGAGAGAGCCUCGCCGGGCCAGCGCAGCACCCCAGAUACCGACCUGGAGGUUCAGCAGGUGGUGGGUCGCCUCGCCUCUCCGGUCCAAGGUGGAAGUGGAGUCCGCAAAGAGGUGUCCUUCGCCCCCUUGAACCUGUCCCAGGGCUCCCAGAGAGGCAGGGAGGCCCAUGGGGAAGCGGGGGGGCGGAGUGUGUACGCGGCUUCCCCUGCGAGCUAUGUCGACCCCAGAGUGACCUCCCUGCAACAGCCUGGUCACGCCGUCAUACUGGCCAAUGGCCAGCCAGUGCUGGUCCCUUUGGAGUACCACCCCCACCACCAUCAGCAGCAUCAGCAGCACUACCCCGGCCAGGCCAACGACGCCUCUUCAUCUGCCAACAUGGCCUCCCCUACCCCCUACACUAAAGCCUCUGACCCCCCAGCCAGAGUGUGCCUCCCAGACAGGGCUGCAGCGGAGCUGCUAGCCGUUGAGCAGCCCUCUGCUCUAGCCCUGGCAGGCCUCACCCAGGCCCCUGCCCCGCUGGCAGCUCCGGCCCCCGCCCCCUCCAACCCCUCCCACUUCAUGAAGGGGGCGAUCAUCCAGCUGGCCACGGGGGAGCUGAAGCGCGUGGAGGACCUGCAGACUCAGGACUUCGUCCGCAGCGCCGAGGUGAGCGGCGGGCUGAAGAUCGACUCCAGCAUGGUGGUGGACAUCCGCGCCAGCCAGCAGCGGGCCGGCCUGGUGGCCCUGCACUUCACCGUGGGCGAGCAGCAGAACAAGGUGACCAUCGACGUCCCUCCGGAGCACCCCUUCUUCGUGUUCGGCCAGGGCUGGUCCUCCUGCAACCCGGAGCGCACGGCGCAGCUGUACGGCCUGGCCUGCCACCACCUCCAGGUGGGAGACGUGUGCGUGUCCAUCACCAUGCAGCAGCCGGCCCAGCAGCAGAAGCAGACCCCCCAGCACCAGCAGCAGCAGGCCCCAGUCAGGACUUCCACCAAGGCCAGCUCCACACCAGGGCCUACUCCCCAGCCUAUGGGACCCCCCGCCCCACAGCAGCCAAGAGCUCAGCCCCAAGUCAGAAUGGAUCGCAUUCACCGAGAGAGGGAGAGGGACAGGGGGGAUAAGGAGGAGCCCAUGCAGGUUGGGAACGUCGGACACGGCGAGAUGCCUGCCAGACCAAAUAGGACUUCGGCAGAACACGCCCAGAGCCAGAGCGGUUACUAUUUGCACACGGAGGGUUCUGGUCGUGCCGGGCCGGGGGUUGUGUCGCCCGUGUUGGGGGCGUCUCAGAGACGCUGGUCGGCUCCCGGCCUCCAAAGAUACGCCAUCAAGGGAGAGGAGGGGACGCGUCCUCAGAUGAGUGCCUCCGGCUCUUCGCGGCCCUCCUUCAUCCCGCAGGAGGUCAAACUGUCCAUCGAGGGGCGCUCUAACGCUGGGAAGUAGCAUCAACUACCGGCAGCACACAUCACCGGCACUAACAGAGCGAGAAGCAUGAGCAUUAGAGAGAGAGAGAGAGAGAGAGAGAGAGAGUGAGAUAGAUAGAGAGAACGAAAGAGGAAAAACAGUGAGAAUGUAGCCUCAGAAUGUUUGAGAUUUUGCACACCUAAUGAGAAUAGAAGCUAUUUGUUUUCAUCUGAUCUUCCCUCCCUCGCUUAUUGGUUAGUUGGGUCUCCUCUCUGAAGGCCAGUCGGAGGUGUCAUGUCAGUGGUCAGGGGCCUGGGGCUUUGCUCUCCCGGCCUUGGGAGAAGUGAUGGGGUGAGAACGCAGCAGUUUCGAGAGCAUGUAGCCAGCUGGUAAAUCUUCCUACCAAAGCCCUCACUGCGCCUCCCUCCCUCCUGUGAUUCCACCACUCCCAGCCAUACCCAUGUCAGAGGGGACAGUCAAACCCACCGGACUCCCUCGUUUCUCUCCAAACCACCCCAUCGGGAACCCCGGAACUGAGGAAGAACGUGCUUGGUAAUGCUCAUGUGUGUGUGACAUAGGGCGUGCUGAAGUCAAGCGCUCACGCUCUUUUCACUCCCUCUUUUUCUUCCCCUCCCCCAUUUUGAUCAUGGUUCUGUUACCUGCUAAAGCCCCCUCUCAGAAAGAUCCUACCUGAGACGCCUUCGGCCUGACGCCGUCCCCCAGCCCCCCGCGUCAUGGCGUUGAUGCUUGGUACCUCAGCCGAGCUCCCCUCCCUGCCUCACCUACUAGGGGCCAGUCGGCCCAGUGUGGCAUGCCGCAGAGGACUUGCAAUCAACAUAUUUAUCAGUCAAUCAGUCUGUUACAACUCAGACACCAGGAAACCACCCUUCGCCCUGCCCCGCCCCCCCCCCCCCCCCUCCCUCCAGUGUGACGUCUGUUUCCCGCGAUAGCAUUCCAGUUUUGUCGCGCUUUUCCCGAAAAACCUCACUUCCUGUAUGCACCCACCCCAUCUCCACUCCCCCGCCCACCUGCUAUACCUCACAGCCCUCCCCCAGCCUGGCUGCUUACUGUUAACUGUCGUCUCUGUCCUGGGGGCACUGGGCUGGUCUCCACCAAAGCCACCCGUGGGAGCAAAGCCAUCCUCCGUACCACCGCAUGGAGCAGGAGCUGGCUGCUGGCAACUGGCCUGGUCAGGCAGCACUCCCAAGGUGGAACCCCCGAACAGCCAUCCAUGAUGUCCCCUCAGGCUCCUGCCCCCUUAGUGCACCAGCCCCGUAGGUCUGAGGUGGGGGCAGUUCAAGGUUAGAAAAAAUGGAGGGUGGCCAUAGCCCCAAGAGUUUGCUCAGUCUUCGCUCAGUUACCAAAAUCAAAGCAAUAGUUGUCAGAGCACAAGGCUGGGUGACGUUCCCUUACCCUCGCGCAGCGCGGAGCCCGGGAGUUCUCCUCUUUUGGUUCUCGUGUUGUCAGGAUGCACGGUUUAUGUAUCUGACCCAAUACUCCUCUCCAACCCUGACCUAAUCCUGCGCUGAUUUUAGAGGUGAUGCACAAUUUUAGUAUGAAUGUUUGUUACUUGUACAUUUGUUUCAGAUUCACAAUCAAAGCAUGCCUUUGGCAUUUAUCUCCUUGUAAACCGUGUAUUUAAUUUCAGAGAAAUGGUAUCUCUCAUCCGGUGAACUAAUACGUUUAGGUUCUAAUCACUGAUAUUUUUGGUGUGGCUGGUUUGUCUGGUUUUAUUCAAGUGUAUCUCCAAGAGAGGCUUGAUUGGAAGCGUUGGUUAGGUUCUUAGUUGGUCUCUGUUAUGUUCUUUCUUUUGGUUAUUGUCUCCUGAUCAAUGUACAGUGUAGGACCCUGUAUUAUUUUCAUGGCAAUAUUUCAUUUCCAGGGGAUCUUAAGAUUGUCUUGUAUUGCACAUAGAAUUUCACACGUUGAUUCACACUGACCUUGUAAUGGGAAUCACAAGUGAUUUUUAUGAAGGGAAUAUGUUUUUGUAGUGUUUGAACUUUGAAGUAUUCUUAAGGUAUUUGGAGAGGGAAAGAGAAACUGACUUGCAUGGUUGACACUGUUUACAAAUUAGCCAAGACAAAUGCUGCAGUUUCCUAUUUCUGACAAAGAUUUCAGUCACUUAGAACCUUCGAAAGGAUGAAAUUAAUAUUAAGUGCAAUUAAACCCCAUGUAAAUCACUCAAGACAUUAUUGUGAUGAUGGCAUUCCAUAUAGCAGACAGACAUAGACAUUCCCAUAAUCUAGCGAGAAUCUCAAAGUUCCAUUUUAUUUUAAUUUUUUAAUUUUUUUUACUGUUAAUGUAGUGUCACCAAAAUGUUUAACCUCACUCCUGUUUUUAAUGUCACUUUUGAACUGGCAGUGUUUGUCUGCGCUGUGUCAUUGUUCUUGUAUCACCUGUGUCAUAAGAUAUGCUCAAUCACUGAUCCUAGCAUUAAUGUCCACUGAUACUGUGUAGGAGUGUGCUGGUGUGUUUGCCUGUGUAUUAGUGGAUGUCAGAGCUGGUCUGUCCCUCUCCUGGACGCUGAGGUGAAGCCAGAUCAUUGUGUGCUCAGUCCUGCCUCCACUCUCUAUAUAUAGACGGCUGAAUCAGAACGAGGCCGUACUGCCCCUCCCCCUCCAAGCCCUCCUGACUCCAGAACGUUUCUGUCGAGCUCGACCCCCUCAGGGUUUCAUUGUUCAAAGAGACGACCUCAGCCUGUUCUGUGACGACGAGUCUUGAGGGGAGCGUUCACCGAGAGCUGGAUACACCUGACAUCCUCUAAUGCUGUCGUUUGAACCAACCCUUUUAUAUCUGAUCAAACGAGAUGCUCGGACAUAAACGUGGUGGUCAAAUAGCCAUUCAGAGGUGAGCUAGAAUGAGUUAACGCUUGCUGAGAGAAGUAGUCGUGCCGUCACCGACAAGCACCAUGCAUUUCCUCUCAAUUACAUUAGUACGUUUAUGAGUUUAGUUUUUUUUGCGCUACAAGCAAUAGUAGUACACAAAAUACCUGAAAACCUUUAAUGUAGUCUUAGCAUGUGCUAUGCAGUAAAGUCUCUGAAGCGUUUUGCUCUUCAGCGCCCUAAGUAGGGCACGUUUGUAAUGUAUAUAAGAAGUUGGCUGAUGCAGUCAUUAUACACUGAUCUCUUUGGUUAGUUAUUCUUUACCAGUGCCCUCUAAUGGAAUGUGAAUAUGGGGUGUUGUUUAAUUUUGGGUUUGUCGUCCCCCCCCCCCCCCCCCUGUGUGUAAAACAGACGCUUAGUGGUCACUAACCUCCUUCAUAAAGCACAGUGUUCUCUCAGUUAGCAGUUACUUCCACCAUACGUUGCCACAGAGCAGGAGCCAAACAUGAAAGAGAACACGUGUGCCACUUCUGAGGUCAUAGAUGUCAGCGGAUCCGCUCCAAUCAAAGUAUUCUGGGUGAGAUGUCUUAGGCCUACAUGGUGCAAGCAGUGCCUCCCGUGUCUUUACCUCUCGUCGUUAUCCGGACAAUUUCAGAUUGUUUGUCAAGCUGGUACCCACUGGCAUUAUCAGGGCAGUUCAGUUACUCUUCCCUGUGCUACAUCAUAAUCCUUCGGGUACUGGUGCAAGGUUCAAGGAGUUGUUAUCUCAGCAGUUCUCUUCUCCUCCUGGCUAAGAAUGACAGGAAAAGGUUGCCAAUGUUUAAGUCCGCCAUGACCUCACUGUUCUUAUCCAAAAUACUUGUAGUCUUUUAUUACUAGGAUUUUAUUCAAGAAACAGAAUUGCACUAAUUUGCCCUUCAUUGUAUUGCUUUAAAACAAAUUGCUGGUUAAUUGAAGAGUUCUGUACACAAUCAUGAAUCAGUCACUCAAGCUUUGUGUGCAUGUGUGUACAGAUAUAUUUAGUAGGGUUUUAUAUUAGAAUUAUCCAGCUUGUCGAUAACGCCUUAAGAUCUGCUUCGUACAAUGAGUUAAUGGAAUGAUACAUACAAGUGACUUGGUUAUCACGUUUACUUUUCCGACAGAAGAAAUAGACUGCUCUUGGCACUCCUGUUUUAUUCAUAAGCAGAAACAUGUGGACAUGGCCUCAAUCUGUGUGUGAAUAGGUCUCGUCAAGGAAUCCUGUCAGGGCUGGUCUUUAGGGCUGCCAGAGGCCUGGACCAGUAACUCCCUGCUAGAAUGUUUUUACUAAUUCAUUGCCAACCACGCAGCACACCAUGUGUAAUAUGUAUAGGUUGCAAAAAUUCCCUUCCAACUGUGAGAUAUCAGGAGUGCGCACGCUCACAAACACUCACAUGCCCAUCUUAACCUCUCCGUCGUGGUUGUUGAUGUGGGGGAAUGAGGAGGUAUUUUGGAGGUCAAAGGUUGUGCUCGAUGUUGUUGAAUUCGUGUCCUCUGUCUGGCCAGACUGUCCAAAUGGGUUGUUUCAUUCGGGUAUGGAGAGAAAUUUUGGAAAUUCAAAGCAGUUAUUAUGGUUUAUUAAUUACGGUUUAUUAAUCAUUGUAUAAUGAUUGGUUGAUUUGUUCUGUGAAUAUGGGUAAAAGGCUUUAUGAUCCCUGUAUAAUGUUCCCCGUCGGUUCGGCCCAAUAUCUUGUAUGGCUGAGGUGAAUCCAGGAAGAGCUGUUAGUGUUGCUGCCAGGCACUAGAGAUGCAGAAUUAAAUCAGGAUAUUUGGAAUGGUUUCAGAGUUUUAAAGAGUUGUGUGUAUUUUCUAAUUUGACAUUGUACUUUUGGCACUAAGUGACACUGCUUUUUAUGUGACGUGUGACCAGUUUUAAAAAGAAACAGCAACUUUUUUUUCUUUUUAUCUGCAAAAUAUAUGCAAUGAUGUAUAUCUAAUAUUAAAUCCUCAAGUAUAAUCCAGGUUGUAUAAACUUUGUAUAGUGAGUUUUAAUAUUGUAUGGCCGUACCAUUAUGUAUUGACUCUUUAUCAGAAGCCUUAGAGUUGUCUACCCAAAGUGCUCCCUUAGAAUACCCUACACCUACCUGAACUUUGCAAAGCAUUAAUAACAAUAUUUUGUUGCUUUUUUUAUUUGUACCCUUUUUGAAUAAAAUAGAUUUGUACUGUA